GUCUCUUUUAUGUGUCUUGGAGUCACGGAAACGUAAAAAUAACGCGUCGGUAGAUGCUUGAGUACCAAGCAUCGAAAUGAUUAGAAAAUUUUGCGAAAUGGAACGAGUCUCCAAGCUGAAACGCUUGUAACUCUCUUAAUAAAAAACUAACUGAAUAAACUAUUAAUAUGCUGAACGAGUAAUAUUAGUAUCGCUAUGUCAUGCUAUCGAAUAAUACGGUGGUUAUGUUUCGGAUACACUAUCAAAGAAUGAUUUACAGUUACCGUAUAAAGUGGUCACGUUUCUGUUCAUUAUUUAUUAUAAAAUAAUAACGCGUAACAAUUAUUUAUUGAUCGAUUCAAGGUUUUUACGUAUACUUAAUGUUAAUUUAAAACGAUGUCAAUGUGCAACGUAUUCUGUUUGGUUUGUGACAUAAAUCUUGAAGCUUCGUCUUCUGUAAACGUAUUUUCGACAUCGUUCCCUCGCCAAGGCGAACUGCUGGCGAAUUUUGUCUCGAAAGUGCUUCACAUAACAAUCUCCGAACCGCAGAAUCCUUACAUUUGUUCACAAUGUUACAAUCUGUUCGAAAUGUUAGAGCAGGCUCAGAAGACUGUGCUGAGUAUACGUUGCGAGAUUCUGAAGAUCCAUCGGGCCACUGAGAGGCGAAAAAGUACAAACGUAGCUUUAGAAGAAAAGAAAUUAAACGAUGCUGAUGAGAACUCGAAAGUCAGAACAACGUUACAAACUACUCCGAUUGAGGAGAUGAUACAGCAGCAAUGUAUUCACGAUAAUACAGUGGCUAGUGCUUCGCAAGCAAAUCCUUAUACAUUAAACGUGCACGUGGACGAACGGAGUUUUGUAUCACUGAUAGAUUCUAGAACGAGUGAUUCGAAGAACUCUAUGAAAUCAGAUCCCAUAUUCUCUGAGAACGGAUUACAAACUAUUGAUCUCAAAUGGAAAGAAGCAGACAAAAAUGUUACAGAGGUGGAAGAGAAUACGGAGAACACAGCAGUGACAAAAGUUGAUGAAACGACUUUGAACUCAGGGAAGUUAUCGAGGUACGAGGUGAAACAGUUAAGGUAUUCUUGUCCUACUUGUGGCAAGAGAUGGAAGACCUCGGCUGAAUUGAAGACACACAUAAAAACUCAUUCGACAUUGAGGCCAUAUAUGUGUGAAAAAUGUGGCCAAGCGUACAAGCACAAACACGCACUAGAAAUACACGUUGGUAUGCAUAACGGAAUAAAUCCGUUUCAAUGUAAUUUUUGUAACAAGUGCUUCACACAGAAAGGAGCUCUUAUGAGACACUUGCCAAUGCAUACCGGCGAAAUGCCUUAUCAGUGUGAGUUAUGCGGUAAAAGGUUCGUCCAUCACACGUCUUACAAUAUGCACAGAUUAUCGCACAGCGGGAAAAAGUCUUACAAGUGUCACGUAUGCGAUCUAUCAUUAUUUUCAACGUCGCAUUUAAAGAGACAUAUGCGAGUGCACACUGGCGAAAGACCUUAUAGUUGCACGGUGUGCGGGAAACGUUUCGCGGAACGAUAUAAUUUAUUGGCUCACCAGAAGAUUCACGAUCCGCUCGAAGGUAAAACGAAAAAGGCCAAAGAAACGCUAUACCAGUGCAAUCAUUGCAAUCUGGUGUUCGACCAGAAGGAGAAUUUAAAUGAUCAUAUGAAACAUCAUUCAAAUCUGAAUAAGUCCGAUCAGCAAGAAUCAGAGAAGUUUCAAGACGAGGAAGAUCGUCGAUUAUCUAAAAAGAUCAGCCCCGAGCAUAAUGUACUGCAGGAAGCAUGGAUUCAAAUGAAUCGAGCUAAAGUGGAUCUUAUUGACAAUCAAACGCGAUUCGUACUUUUACAGAAUCCUUUACCAGAAAUCGAUGAGAACUCAUUUGCAGUCACGUUCAGUGAUCAGAAGGUAUCGUUGGCAAGUACAAGUUAUAAUACAAAUUUACAAGUAAUGAUAGAACCGUCGGAUACAUCGAUUUUAACCGGCAAUCUUCCUUCCAUCGAUAAAAUGCAUUGAUGUAUACUCUAGUUUUUUAAAUGCGGAGAGUGUUUUACAAAUUAUAUUUUAUUAUGCAGAUACUUAUAAAGAAUUACCAGUCGACUGUGCACAAAUAAGUACAGGAAUUGAUUGCAUGACUCUUUUUAUACGUGCAUAAAUAUUUUUGUGUCAAGUGAGAGAUUCUUGUAUCGAAGUAUUUUUUAACGAGAUGUGUUCAUUCGUGUAGGAUUAUUUAAUACGUAACAAAUAAAUCGUUGUCAAUAAAGUA